GAUGCCUGGGGCGACUCGCAGGAGACGGAGCCCGGAGACCUGCCGAUGCUGAGCGCGGCCGAGGAGGCAGAGAUACUCGGCGCUGCCCCGGCCGCUGGUCCCCGCGCGCCCCCGCCGCCGCCGGCGCAGCUCGUGGCGCAGCCGUGGCAGCCCGCGACCGCCAGCGCCGCUGGGCUUCCCUGCGCGGCGAGCGGUCGGGAGGCAACACCGCAGCCUCCCGCGAGCGCGGGGGGCGCCGCGAGCCCUGGAGGUGAUGGAGGCGCGGCCGCGGGCCGGGACCGGUCCGAGGCGGGCGGCAGCGAGCAGCUCUCCCAGGACUUGGAUGCAUUCAUCGGCACUGGCGUUGCUGAGGAC